UGUUCCAGAUGUACAGACAUGGAUGCGUAUAAACAAAGAGUUAAUGGUGCCUUCUCGUCAACCUCCACAGACAGAACCGAAUCGCACUUGAGAAGCGGACGAAGGGCGCCCCCAAGUUUCAACCAGAACUCUCGGGUUUCUCCUAGGAGGUCACAACAGAAGAGGUAUUUUGGGAAGGUGGAGGAUGACGCACGGGGCUUCUUUGAGGAUGAUGAUGAAGAUGAGGAGGAAGAGCAAGACCUCCGUGAUGUACCCAUAGCCGUCCCGCCCCCUCGGAGAGUGCGCAGCAACCCUGUUGAGCCCUCUCCGGAUCUCCCUGAGGAAAGCUUCGACGAGACGGGCAAGAAGAGGCGUCGGCGGAACAUCGUUGCCUUCCUCUUCACUCCCGAGCAAGAGAAAGAACUUGCCGAAUGGUACAGAGACAAUCCGCGAUUUUAUGACAAGCGGUGCAGAGAGUUCCGGCGCACCAACCUCAAGCGACGCAUUAUAGAGGACAAGGCCAAAGAGUAUGUUGACGAAGAAGGAAACGUUUGCUCACUGGCCCAACUUACGACUUGGAUGACAAACAUGCGUACGUAUUACGGGAGACUGGACAACAUCGGCCGGAGUAAGUACCUCCCAGAGGGCGCCUUUCUCCCACCUGACCACAGGUUGACCGACAGGGAGCAGUGGAUCAAAGAAUCUUUUAAGUUCCUAUCGGACCACAUCGUCAGGAUCAGGAGUCGAAAAGGUGUUACGUUAGGUAUAUACAACAAGAGGAAAAGAAAGGGAGAGCAGUUGGACACCCAAGCUGGUAGCCAUACUGGUAGCCACACUGAUAGCCUCACUGAAAGCCUCACGGACAGCAUCGUGACCGAUCCAAUCGAAGAGCCCAUGCAGGUUGUCAAGAUUGAAGAACUUGUUGACACCGCCCCUGGUACCAGUGGAACCGGUCUGGGCACCAGCACAGGUGGAGCCACUCUGCAGGGAUGGAGUGACGGGAAGGAGUUGGCCGGUGCCAAGGUGGAGGUGUCUUCGAUCCAGACAGUAGUUCCCUUGAUACCAUCAAGAGUCCCCUUAUUGCAGACAGGGAUUCCCUCAAUUCAGACAGGAAUUACCUCAUUGCAGACGGGAGUCCCCGCAUUGCGGACGGGAGAUCCCUCGAUGCAGACAGGAGUUUCCUCGAUGCAGACGGCAGUUCCCUCGUUGCAGACGAGAGCGCCCCUGAUGCAGACAGCACCGGUCGAGAAGAUGGAUGUCGGCACCAUAGAAAGGAUAUGUGCAAGAAUAAUAGAAAAAGGCCCCGUCCAGCCCACAGCCACUCCCGACUCUCCGCACUCAGCAGAACUCAACGACUUUGCCCGCACCAUCGUCAGCAGCAUGAGGCGCAUCCCGGAGGAGAGAUGGAACGAUGUCAAAACCGACAUUAUGCUGGUCAUCCGGAAUUAUUCCAAGCCUUCGGGAGCGACACCAGCGGCCCCACCACCUGCUGCUUCGUACCCUGUGGGGUACUGGCCACCUGUCCCGCCCGCCCAUGCUCCCCCGUACGACCCCAGUGUCGUCCACGGGUACGGCUACCCCAAUCAUCCAGGCGCAGGGUACUACGGACCACCUACGGCGCCCUCUAGCGGUCCAACACCAAUGUACCCUCCGAUGCCACCUCACGCGCACCCCCCGGGUCCUCAUCAAGGGCAGCAGUUCAUGCAGGCACCGGUAACGACAGCACCCGUCGCCACCAUCUCCGGCAUCACGGUAUCCACCACUUCCGUCUCAACAACAUCUGGAUCAUAAUAAAGGAUCUUUCCUGAACAUCCAACUAAGUCUGAGGAACUGUAUGGAGAACUGAAAGAACAUUUCUUGAUGCCCAUGCAUUGAUGAUACACAUGCUUAUGAUCUUGAAGAAAACAACAGUAUAUCCCUUGCUGAAUAUAGAGCUCAAGGAUAGAUCAGGACCCCGUUGUACAAAGAGUUACGAUUGAUCCGAUCAAUCGCAACUAUGGAAAGCCAGCAAAGUCAACAUAUGAAAUGCAUGUUUGUUCAAAAAAAUUCUAGAUAUGAAUGCAUAUCCAUAAAUUCAUUGAUUUCUUGACAAUUUGGGGUGUUCUCCUUUGAUUACAAAGGACAUUUUGCAAAUUUCCUGUAGAAAAAAUUAUGACACUGAUGGAUUUCCAUAGAUUUACGAUUGAUCGGAUCAAUCGUAACUCUUUGUACAACGGGGCCCAGGACCCCGUCUUACAAAGAAGUUGCGAUUGAUUCAAUCAAUCUCAACUGUAUGGAAGUCCAUCCGUACCAUAAUUUUUUCUUUUGGAUAUUUGCUCAAUGUCCUUUGAAAACAAAGAGAAGCAUACUGAAUUGUCAAGAAAACAUUGAAUGCAUGAAUAUACAUCAUAGUUACAAAGACUUACGAUUGAUCCGAUCAAUCCCAACUAUAUGGAAGUCCAUCAAUGUCAUAAUUUUUUCUACAGGAAAUUUGCACAAUGUCUUUUGUAAACAAAUAGAAGCACAGUGAAUUUUCAAGAAAACAUUGAAUGCAUGAAUAUACAUCAUAGUUACAAAGAGUUACGAUUGAUCCGAUCAAUCCCAACUAUAUGGAAGUCCAUCCAUACCAUAAUUUUUUUUUGUGGAAAUUUGCUCAUUGUCCUUUGAAAACAAAGUCAAGCAUACUGAAUUGUCAAGAAAACAGUGAAUGUUUUGAAUACAUGUCAUUUCUAGAAAAUAUUUUGAACAAACAUGUAUUUUAGAUGUUGACAUUGCUGGCCGUCCAUAGUUGUGAUUGAUCGGAUCUAUCGCAAAUCUUUGUAGACAGGCCCCAUAACAUCAGGCCGAUGGCUGGCGACUGUUCGCUGGAAUGGUAUGAGAAGUUUUGGAGGGGACCAAAAAAACUACAACUCAUAGAGCAACUCGAGUUGAUUGUGGACUUCAGGCUGAGUAACGCGUUUCUUGUAGCUUAACUUGCCAUGAUAAAUAUGUACAAACAUUUCUAAUUACUUGUGAGAGAUUGAAGUAAUGACAGUGAUGAUAAAAAUAGAUAGGUCUUGAGUGAUAUACAAUGGACUCUGCUAUAGCUGACCUUCCAAAAGUCAAAUAAUUGCCCGAUUCAGAGCAUUUCUUCAGACCUGAAUAAUUAUGCAGACUUGUUCAAUUACAUCUUUGUAGUUUAAUUUUGCUAAUGGAACAAGAUUAUUCCUUUGAUCCCGAAAGACUUUACUUAAAGUACAAGUUCACCCCAACAAAAAGUUGACUUGAAUAAAAAGAGAAAAGUCAAACUAGCAUAACGCUAAAAAUUUCAUAUAAAUCGGAUGUAAAAAAUAAGAAAGUUUUGACAAUUUGAAGUUUUGCUUAAUUUCACAAACAGUUAUAUGUACAUCCCGGUCAGUAUGCAAAUGGGAAAUUUAGUACAUCAUCCAUUCACUAUUAUCUUUAUAUGAAAUAUUCUAACUUUCUUAUUAUUUUAUGAUACAAAGUUUCCAUCCCUCACUGAACUUGUGGAAUUACAAUUGUUUCAACAUUUUAUGGUUCAGUCUAGUUGGUCAUUACAUUGAAGCCUGUAAAUAUAAAAAAAAUUGUAUAAUUUAAACAAUAGAAAAUAAAAGAAAUUGUGAGUGAGGGACAUCGACUCUCUCAAUUGCAUGUGACUAAAUUGUGCAUAUAACUAUUUUGUGAAAAAUAAGCGAAACUAUAAAAUGGCAUUACUUUCUUAUUUUACAACUGAUUUUGAUGAAAUUUUCGGCGUUAUGCUUGUUUGAUUUUUCUCCAUUUAUUCAAAUCAACAUUUUCCUUUAUUAAAAAGCAGAUUUACCUGUAUUCACAUUGUAUGUAACAGCCUCUCAAUGCAAGUCUAAAAGGACUCGCUGGGGUAUUUUAUCAACAUUUGUCGUUUGACAAGUUCAGGGGGGUGUUUACAGAGAGUAAAGUGCGACUUAGAAUUGUGCUUAAAUACUGACGCGCAUACGAUACAUAACGCACAAUCUUAUUGAUUCCUAAGCAAUAGCGUGUCAAGUUAGCAUGAUUUGACCAACGGCGGUUAUGCCUUUUAUACCCCAUGCAACUGGAAAUUGAAAAGCGACUCUGGUCACACUUCAAUCUUUGUGAAAUACUAACACCCCAGAUCUAACAACUUUCCGUGGGUUCGAUUAGCUGGGAAGCUCAUGUGUCUGGCUGUACUAUGAAAACUAUUGGAUGAUGAAAUCUUAUCCUUGCUGGCUUCUGUCUCUAAAAAAUGAUAAGAGGGAGAGAGCGUGAGACAUGAGUGAGAGAGAGAGAGAGAGAGAGCAAUCAAGUUAUUUUCAAUUACUUCUAUCAUGACUGUACUUAAUGAAUAUUUUGUUUAUAAUGCUGUAAAUAAAUGCAAAGCA